AUGGCGGGAGAACCCGAAGACGAGAGGCCGAGCGCAUCUGUUGUGUCUCCCGCCUCAGCACCAGCAACCGUCCCUGCGAAGCUUUCCAAGGGCGGAGUGGUCCUGGGUAAAGAUGGCAAGCCCUGUCGGACAUGCAACACGAUGGCCGACUGGGCGGCGCAGAGCAAGACGCUUCAGAAGAGUGCGGCACCGCGGCCGGCGCCCGCGCGCGACUGCCCGCCAGACGUCGAGCAGUUGGGCCGGAGCACGUGGACGCUGCUGCACUCGAUCGCCGCCACGUACCCGGAGCGGCCGUCGCGGGCCGAGCAGGCGGACCUGGUCGGCUUCAUGGGCCUCUUCUCCAAGCUGUACCCAUGCUGGGUCUGCGCCGACGAUUUCCAGGCCUACAUGCGCCGCGAGCCCGUGCAGGCCCGGUCCCGAGGCGACUUUGGGCAGUGGCUGUGCGAUGCCCAUAAUGACGUCAAUAAGAAGCUGGGCAAACCCGUGUUCGACUGCCGGCUGUGGGAACAGCGGUGGCGGACGGGGUGGAAAGAUGGGAGAUGUGAUUAA